GUGUCGCACGCUGACCUCACGCCGUACGUCGUCGUGUACUGUCGCAAACCUCUCUCCAUGUGAUGCUACAAUCUGCAGUCGGCUACUUCGGAUGCUAGUGUGUGUGUGUGUGUGUGAAGGUGCAGAGCAGACUUUAGUGUUUUAGCAGACUAAACCCCGUUUAACAAACAUGGAGGCAGCCGACGAGUUCAUGAAGUACCGUUCACCACUGGUGUCCAGGUAUGCUAGCAAGGAAAUGGCCUACAACUUCAGUGACAGGAAGAAAUUCACCACCUGGAGGAAGCUGUGGAUCUAUCUGGCCAAGGCUGAGAAGGCUUUGGGUUUGACCAUCACCGACGCCCAGAUUGUGGAGAUGGAGAGCCACGAAAAGGACAUCGACUUCGCCAUGGCGGCCGAGGAGGAACGUAAACUCCGACACGACGUCAUGGCUCACGUCCACACCUUCGCUCACUGCUGCCCCACCGCCGCUCCCAUCAUCCACCUGGGCGCCACCUCCUGCUACGUGGGAGACAACACUGAUCUGAUUAUGCUGCGUGACGGAUUCGACAUCCUCUUGCCUAAGCUGGCCAGAGUCAUUGACAGACUGUCAAACUUUGCGGAGAAAUACGCCGACCUCCCCACGCUCGGCUUCACACACUACCAGCCGGCCCAGUUGACCACGGUGGGGAAGCGAGCGUGUCUCUGGCUUCAGGACCUGGCGAUGGACAUGAGGAACCUGCAGAGAGCUCGGGAUGAUCUGCGCUUCAGAGGCGUGAAGGGCACCACCGGCACCCAGGCCAGCUUCCUGCAGCUCUUUGAGGGGGAACAUGACAAGGUGGAAGAUCUUGACAGAAUGGUGACAGAGAUGGCUGGCUUCAAAAAAGCCUACCUGGUGACCGGACAGACGUACAGCCGGAAGGUGGACGUGGACUGUGUCUCCAGCCUGGCCAGCAUGGGAGCCUCUGUGCACAAGAUCUGUACGGACAUCCGCCUGCUCGCCAACCUGAAGGAGAUCGAGGAGCCGUUUGAGGAAGAGCAGAUUGGUACAUUCACGCACAUAUUUCACACAUUCUACUUGAGAUGUUUGCAUUUUGGAAUAUUUAUUUCUAGUCUUUUAAGUUCUCUAAUGUACAAUGCCUUAUCUUUUUAUGCUGCUUAAACAUUGAAUACUGCUUUGAACCGGAGGAUCUCCCUGCCCGAGUCCUUCCUGACGGCCGACAUCAUCCUCAGCACUCUGCAGAACAUCACAGAGGGGCUGGUGGUCUACCCCAAAGUCAUCGAGAGGCACAUCCGCCACGAGCUGCCCUUCAUGGCCACAGAGAACAUCAUCAUGGCCAUGGUGAAGGCCGGAGGAAACAGACAGGAUUGCCACGAGAAGAUCCGUGUUCUGUCCCAGGAGGCGGCGGCUGUGGUCAAACAGGAGGGGGGGGACAACGACCUGCUGGCCAGAGUCCAGAGAGACCCUUACUUCGCCCCCAUCCUCGGGCACCUGGACUCAGUCCUGGACCCCAAGACCUUCAUCGGACGCGCCCCCCAGCAGGUGACCAGGUUCCUGUCUGAAGAAGUGCGCCCCCUGCUGGAGCCUUUUAAGGCUAAAAUGGAUGUCAAAAUUGAGCUUGAGCUCUGAUGUGCACACAUACACACGCACGCACACACAUACACACACGCACACACACACACACACACACACCAAAAGACAAGUCCUCAUCAUGUUGGUGGUGAACGCUGAAUCUCAAAUAAA